AUGGGAGCUGCGCAGGAGCUCUUCUGCCUCUUGUGGGGAUCUUCCAGCGUGCGAUCGCGGUGGGGUUUUUAUCGUUUCCAUUUCUUCCAAGCGCCGUUUAGACAAAAAGGUCCGGAGCUGGCAGUGUGGGGCCUUCUAAAGGAUCCGGACCACUGAAUCCGGAUUUCCCUGAUUGCGCCACACGUUUUUGUUGACCGGCAGGAAGCUUUCAACAACCUGAUUUCCUCCUUGUGAAGUAAGCCCUACUGAGCCAUGUGUUUUACUCCCAGGUAAAGCCUGGAAGAGAGAGGAGCGGCGGCUGCCUUAGGGCACUUUUGCAAAAUCUGAGAUUUUUCUCCAAAUGCCCCUACCCGCUUAAACCGCGAUCCCGUGAAUAUUUACUCUGACGUAAGGCCCUCACUCUAUCCAAUGGGCCUUCUUCCCUAGGAAGUGCGCUUAGGACCUGAGUGUGUGAAGACACGCUUCUUGUUACAGAACAAGCCAUUCCAGCCACACCCCUGGGUUGCACCGCUUUGGGUCUUUACGUACGAGUAAACCCAGUGCAAUUUGCUGGGACUUGCUUCCUUCUGCCUGCCUGCAUUUUAUCAAUUCACAUAUUUAUAUCCCACCUUUUUCUCCCAGGAGCCCAAAGCGGCCCAAUUUCUCCCCCUCCCCAUUUAAUGCCACAACAACUCUGCGAAGUAGGCUGAGGGGCAGUGGCUGGGCCAAAGUUGCCCGGCGAGUGGGGAUUCGAACCCAGGUCUCUCGGGUUCUAUUCUGACACUCCAGGCGUUCUGCUGUGCUGGCUCAGCAGGAGAUAUGACUUUGAGCAUCCGUGAAUUUUUAAAUCUGAAGUUUGUCUUGUGCAUUGUGCUUGGAAAUAAGUGCUUGCUCCCAGGGUCGUGUGUGCAGGAUCGGAGCCCUAAUCCUCGGGGUUACAAUCCUGCGCGCGUUGGGAGGGCCGUUCAAAGUGAUCCAAUGCAUUUGGACUGCGGAAGGGAGUUCCGCUGGUAUUCGCAGGGAUCACGAGGCUCAUCAAAUUCAACCCUUUGCAAUGCAGAAAUCUCAGCCAAAGCGUCUAUGGCAGAUGGCUACUCAAAGAGCAAAAAUUGCCAUUAGAAAGCUUUAUGUGAAGUUCUUUGCUUGUUUUUUAGAUGCAUGAGCUAGUGAGUUUUUCGGUGCUUCUCUUUGCCGCUCCUUCAACCUCCCCCCCCCUCCACUUUUAAAGAAAACCUAUCUGUAAGAGAACAAGCUGUUCUUUGCAGACUGCAAAACGACAGCUUUUAGUUUGUUUUCUUAAGGAAAGAAGAAACGGAAAUACAAGUGGCCUUUGUGAAAAGUGUUUAAUUUCAGGACAAAAAUCUAGUGAAAAUCAAGGACGAUCUGAACUGUAACUUUGUAAAUCAGUGUUUGCUGCAGUGAUGAUUAAACAGACAUUUUCGGGUGCUAAGAUUGGCAGCGGGAGGAACUCUUGCUUCUUCCACCGAACUCAGAAGCUUGGGAUCGGACGGUGGAACAAGACAGUGUCUUCUCUGUGGUAGCUCCUGAGUUGUGGAAUUCCUUUCCAACAGAGGUUUGCUUGGCACCUUCAUCAGCCAGCUUUCUGCAAACGCUGAAGGCUCGCUUCUUGUUUCAAACUAUUUUUAAAUAUUGUGUUUUCACUUUCAGUAUUGUGUUUUAGUAGCCCGGUAUUAGAAACUCGGAUAUGGAAGCUAAAUGGCAUUUUAAACCUAGCCUACGGUCGCCAAAGCCGAAUGUCUAGGUCAUGAGUAGGCAAACUAAGGCCCGUGGGCUGGAUCUGGCCCAAUUGCCUUCUAAAUCUGGCCCUCGGAUGGUCCAGGAAUCAGUGUGUUUUUACAUGAGUAGAAUGUGUCCUUUUAUUUAAAAUGCAUCUCUGGGUUAUUUGUGGGGCAUAGGAAUUUGUUCAUUUCCCCCCCAAAAAUAUAGUCCAGCCCCCCACAAGGUCUGAGGGACAGUGGACCGGCCUCCUGCUGAAAAAGUUUGCUGACCCCUGGUCUAGGUGCUAUUUUUUGAAAAAAGUUGAGCUUGUUAUUUUUAUUACUGUUAAUUCAUUUCAUUUCUUUAUAUUUUAAGGGGGGGGUAUCACCAAUCAGAAGCCACGCCUUGGUUUUGAACCAAGAUAGUUUUUUACUAUCUAGUUAGAUAGUAAAAUUCAUAUUACAUUGCUGUUUUAGGAGUUGUUUUUAAAAGUCUGGAACAGAUUAAUCCGUUUUGCAUGACUUUCUAUGGGAAAGUGUGCCUUGGUUUUGGAACGCUUUGGUUUUGGAACGGAUUUCCGGAAUGGAUUAAGUUUGAGAACCACGGUACCACUGUACAUUGUUUCUGUGCUUGAGAAAUACAAUAAAACUCAGAAAAGACGUUCUUACAGUGGAAUGUUAUGCAUGUUGUCUACUAGCAAGUAAGUCCUGUUGAGUUCAGUGGGGCUUGUUGUUGUUUAGUCGUUUAGUCGUGUCCGACUCUUCGUGACCCCCUUAACCAGAGCACUCCAGUCACUCCUGUCUUCCACUGCCUCCCGCAGUUGAGUCAAACUCAUGUUGUUAGCUUCGAGAACACUGUCCCACCAUCUCGUCCUCUGUCGUCCCCUUCUCCUUGUGCCCUCCAUCUUUCCCAACAUCAGGGUCUUUUCCAGGGAGUCUUCACUUCUCAUGAGGUGGCCAAAGUCUUGGAGCCUCAGCUUCAGGAUCUGUCCUUCCAGUGAGCACUCAGGGCUGAUUUCCUUCAGAAUGGAGAGGUUGGAUCUUCUUGCAGUCCAUGGGACUCUCUAGAGUCUCCUCCAGCACCAGAAUUCAAAAGCAUCCAUUCUUCAGCGAUCAGCCUUCUUUAUGGUCCAGCUCUCACUUCCAUACAUCACUACUGGAAAAACCAUGGCUUUAACUAUACAGACCUUUGUUGGCAAGGUGAUGUCUCUGCUUUUUAAGAUGCUGUCUAGGUUUGCCAUCGCCUUUCUCCCAAGGAGCAGGCGUCUUUUAAUUUCGGGACUGCUGUCACCAUCUGCCGUGAUCAUGGAGCCCAAGGAAGUAAAAUCUCUCACUGCCUCCAUUUCUUCCCCUUCUGUUUGCCAGGAGGUGAUGGGACCAGUGGCCAUGAUCAUCGUUUUUUUGACGUUGAGCUUCAGACCAUAUUUUGCGCUUUCCUCUUUCACCCUCAUUAAAAGGUUCUUUAAUUUCUCCUCAUUUUCUAACAUCAAUGUUGUGUCAUCUGCAUAUCUGAGGUUGUUGAUAUUUCUUCCGGCGAUCUUCUUUCCAAUGGGGCUUACUCCUAGGUAAAUAUGCAUGGGAUCACAGCCUUCUGAGUCUCUGCUGGUGACUGCUAAACCUCUGGCUUUGGAAACAGCAGGGCUCUCUCUAUUGUUUAUUUUCUCUCUCUCCCCCCACCCUGGUCUAUUUUAGUGUUUUAUAGCUGUUUUAAAGAUUACAUUCCAUUUUUACAUUUUUGUUGCCGUAUACAUUGCUCUGAGCAUUCUGCAUGGGGUUGGAAUUCCGGCUCAGAACAUUUUAGGAGGGACAAAAAGAAAUGAACAAACCUCGAAACUUGUUAGCCUUAUUUUUCUCUUUUAACCGAUAACUGAGCUGAUUAUUUGUGCUGAGUCGUUAGAAAUUCAAAAUGGGGUGUGUGUUUCAAGCCCAUAAAAGGCUCAUUGCAUUAUUAGCAAUGUUGCAAAUAAAUUGUAUACUUUGUUAGAUUCAGGUGGUGUGCGCUAAGUUGACUUUUGCAACAGUAAUUGAAUUCCGUGCAAAGGAAAACUCAAAUGUUCUUUUACAUAGCUUCAAAGUAUUACUUGCACAGAAAAAUUGUGGGAGGGGGAAGAAGGUCAAUUUACUAAAUUUGCAAUAGAAAAUGGUUGAUCCAGUUUCUUCAGGCAGGUGUGUUAGAGACAGGAAAAGUGCUACAAAGAAGUUGCAAGGAAGUUUCCAGAACCUCCUAGAACUUUCAAGAUGAUACAUAUUCAACUGCUGAUUUUUGUGUCAACCGCGAGCAGUUUGGAAUCCUUUGGACGUCGUGCAAAACCAUGGUUUAUUGUGACAAUAAUGAUCCUCGCCUCCUCCAGAACUUAUAUUUUCUUUCCUCCUCUGGCACGCUCAGGAGGAGAUUGGAAGCUUUCACUUCCGAUUCCAGUUAACCACGGUUUAGCGUUACAUCUGCUUAGUCUUAGCUAUGAUUUGUGGCUUGUUUCGCACAGAAAAAUAAUAAAACAGAGAGGUUUCCAGACCGGCCUCAUUUAUCUCCAUGUCCGAAAAACUACCAGCUGUUAGAUUUCUGUAUCAGGCUGCUGAAAAGUUCCAGGAAUGCUCGCUUUCUCUCCUUUCGGUGCAGCGUUUAGGGAGAUCGCAGAGCAAGUUUGCUGCAACCUUGAGUCUGCACAGGGCGACCUUCCUGGUAUUUGCAGCAUCCGAGUGCGAGGUCCUUGAGCUGUGCCCCGUGGGAUGUUUAGCACAGCACAAGAACUUGACGUGCCAGUUUAACAGGGAAGUUAGUGUCUGUUCGUGGGAAAAACGGGCGCUUUUCGGUGAGGUCCACCCCUCUUGCAUUCUUUUCCUCUUCCCUCCCAUCCCGUUUAAUUCUUUUAGAAAACACAGCCCUUUAAAACAGCACGUUAUUUAUUUAUUUAUUUUAAAAGAUUUUUUAUUGAUACAACAAGAAAAAAGAAAAAAAACACACACAAAUACCAAAUUACACACAAGAAUAACCAUAGACACAUAAUUUUCUUAGCAAACAAUAAAACAUAUAUUGGUCUUAACACUAAAGACCCAACCUCCCGUCUAUUCCAUAUUUCAGUUUCAUAUUACUUAUUGCCAAUACACACUUUUAUCAUACAGUGGUACCUCACAAGACGGAAAACUCGCAAAACGAAAGGGUUUUUGGUUUUUUGAGUUGCUUCGCAAGACAAUUUUCCCUAUGGGCUUGCUUCGCAAGACGGAAACGUCUUGCAAGUUUGUUUCCUUUUUCUUAAAACCGUUAAUACAGUUGCGACUUGACUUCGAGGAGCAACUCAUAGCACGCGGUGUGGUAGCCUUUUUGAGGUUUUUGAAGACUUUGGUGAUUUUUGAAGCUUUUCCAAAACUGUUCCGACACCGUGCUUCGCAAGACGAAAAAACCCGCAAGACGAAAAAACUUGCGGAAUGAAUUAAUUUCGUCUUGCGAGGCACCACUGUAAUUAAACUUAUUCUUAAUAAAUCUAAUUUCUUAGAUCUACCUUGCAACAAUUGCUGAAGUUCCUUGAAUGCUGCGACAGAAUUUAUUUAUUUUUCAGAUAUUCUUUGAAAACCUCCCAUUUUGAAGCAAAUUCCUGUUUCGAUUUAUUCUUUAUUUUUUCUGAUAGACCAUCUAAUUCGGCAUAUUCUGUCAGCUUUUGGAUCCAAUCUUGUAUAGAAGGAAUUUCAUUACUCUUCCAUUUUGCUGCGAUCAAAACUCUUGCUGCCGCCAUCACAUAUAAAAAGAUACCCUUCCCCUUUUGUGGAAUAUCCAAAUCUGUUAUUCCCAGGAGGUCGGCCUCUGUUUUUUUUAUUGAAAGAGAUCUUUAGCAUUUUUUGCAGUUCUGCAUGGAUACUCUCCCAGAAUACCUGUAUUUUCCUACAUAUCCACCACAUAUGGUAGAAAGUUCCUGAGUCUCCGCAUUUCCAACAAUUACUUGACACAUUUUUAUACAUUUUUGAAAGUUUCCAUGGUGUUAGAUACCAUUGAUGUAAAACAGCACGUUAUUUAACCGCAGUUAACGUAACGGCACUCUGGUCUCUCUUCCAAAUAUGUACCACCUAAAAAUCAUUUUCUAUCUAAUUGCAUUGAUAAAAAAUAGCAAGAGGAAAUUUUACUGGGGAACAGAGGGGGUGAAUGCAGAAACAAGUGAGACGAAGGAAUAUAUCAAAAAAGUACAGUCAAAAUUUGGCUCCCGGACGUCUCAAUUUUGGAACGUUUUGGCUCCUGGACACCAAAAACUGGGAAGUAACUGCUCCGGUUUUUGAACGAUUUUCAGAAGCCAAACAGCUUCCGGGGAGUUUUUUUCUUUUUCCUUCAUUGACUUUGCAAUCCUUGGUUGUCGAACAUUUCGUAAGUCGAGGGGUCUUCCGGAACAGGUUACGUUUGACAACUGAGGUUUGACUGUACAGUGGUACCUUGGUUCUCGAACUUAAUCCAGUUGACUCCCGAAAGCGUUCGAAAACCAAGGCGCCGCUUCGGAUUGGCUGCAGGAUCUUCCUGCGCUCAAGCGGAAGUUGCGUCGGACGUUCGGCUUCCGAAAAACGUUCGCAAACCAGAACACUUACUUCCGGGUUUGCGAUGCUUGUGAGCCGAUUUGUUCGACAACAGAGCCGUUCGAGAACCAAGGUACCACUGUAUGUUGAAAAUCAUAUCAAAAAUAUAACUAAGUCUAAAAAAGUUAUUCUCGGAAGGGGUCGUUUAACAAGGAUCCGAUCAGUUUAUUCAAAGUUACUUCUAAAGAGGAAGUCUUGGUGAUUUUUUCAUUAUCAACGCAUCUGAAUGGAGUGGGGAAUGCAAAUUUCAUACAGUGACCCGUUGCUGGAAACCACAGGAGGAGAGUGGACCGUUGUGCUUGAAUCCUGGCCACUGUGAGAACAGGAUGUGGACUAGAUGGGCAUUGACUUGAUCCAGCAGGAGCCUUUUGUGUUCUGAGGAGUGAUGAAUUUUGAUUCCAGAAUCACCAUGGUCUUGUUUGGUCAAUGGAAUAUUCAUUAUCAUCAUCACACAUUCUCUGUAAUUUUUUCACUUCCCCGUCACUGAUACUGACGAAUCGUGGAACUCCCAUGGGAAUAUGCCAGCAUGAGUUCUGUCACCCAUCUCUUCCACUUUUCAAACACUGUCAGUGUAAAUCUGCUUUCUUAAUAAUAAUAAUAAUAAUAAUAAUAAUAAUAAUUUAUUAUUUAUACCCCACCCAUCUGGCUGGGCUUCCCCAGCCACUCCGGGCGGCUUCCAACAAAAUAUUAAAAUACAGUACAGUGGUACCUCAGAUUAAGAACUUAAUUCGUUCUGGAGGUCUGUUCUUAACCUGAAACUGUUCUUAACCUGAAGCACCACUUUAGCUAAUGGGGCCUCCCGCUGCCGCUGCUCUGCCGGAGCACGAUUUCUGUUCUCAUCCUGAAGCAAAGUUCUUAACCUGAGGUAAUAUUUCUGAGUUAGCGGAGUCUGUAACCUGAAGCGUAUGUAACCUGAAGCGUAUGUAACCGGAGGUACCACUGUAAUGCAUCAGACAUUAAAAGCUUCCCUAAACAGGGCUGCCUUCAGAUGUCUUCUAAAAGUCUGGUAGUUGUUGUUCUCUUUGACAUCUGGUGGGAGGGCGUUCCACAGGGCGGGUGCCACCACCGAGAAGGCCCUCUGCCUGGUUCCCUGUAACUUGGCUUCUUGCAGUGAGGGAACCGCUGGAAGGCCCUCGGCGAUGGACCUCAGUGUCCGGCCUGAACGAUGGGGGUGGAGACGCUCCUUCAGAUAUACUGGACCGAGGCCGUUUAGGGCUUUCAAGGUCAGCACCAACACUUUGAAUUGUGCUUGGAAACGUACUGGGAGCCAACGUAGAUCUUUCAGGACCAGUGUUAUGUGGUCUCGGCAGCUGCUCCCAGUCACCAGUCUAGCUGCCGCAUUCUGGAUUACCGUAUUUUUUGCUCUAUAAGACUCACUUUUUUCCUCCUAAAAAGAAAGGGGGAAUGUGUGUACGUCUUAUCGAGCGAAUGCAGGCUGCACAGCUAUCACAGAAGCCAGAACAGCAAGCCCUCUUGCUGUUCUGGCUUCUGAGAUUCAGAAUAUUUUUUUCCUUGUUUUCCUCCUCCAAAAACUAGGUGCGUCUUGUGGUCUGGUGCGUCUUAUAGAGCGAAAAAUACGGUGAUUAAGACUUUGUGGCCCCAUUUGGUGCCCUUCAGAGGAUGGAAACAGGGCAGCGAGCGAAGUUCUUCUGUUUGUUGAUUCCUUCCUAAUGGGCGGAGCGCGGCCUGUAAGCAACAGUUCUAAUUGGCAUCAGGCGAUGGAAAUUAAUUUGUGGAAUCAUUAUAAGCACAGUGUGUUCGUGGGUGUAAUAACAUGGCUGGUGAAGUUGUGGUCCUGGGAGAUGUAAAACAGAAUGGAGCUGCCCCUUGGGUUUUUGGUUGGUUUUUUUUCACAUUGAGACAUCACUAUAGCUCCCUUGGUUACUUAUUUACAUCCUGCUUUUAAAUUCCACUGAAAUGUGUGGACUGCAACUAGCUCCCUGCCUUAAGGACCUCUGGCUUAAGUUGCUGUUGUUGAAACCCAAAAUCCACAAUAUUUUCUGUGCUCCAGCUACGAUUUCGAAGACAUUGGCACAAUGCGAGUCCCCAACACAACACAUCCCAUAAUCCCCCGCCCCUUAAUUCUUUUUUUAUUUUAUUUUUUAAAUUUUUAAAUUUUAAUUUUUUGCACUUUAUUAUUAAUGUUGCAAUACAUAUAUGAACUCUUUACAUAUUGAUACAUAUACAUUAUAUUCAUAAAUUCACAUUUUCACGUUUCAUUAUGUACCAACGUUUAUCCAUUUCUUAUUUCUUGCCCUGUGCGUGACUUCCUUGUUAUUAUUUCGUAACUUUAUUAUUGAGAUUGUAAUUUUGUAUCUUAAUAAUUAAACAUUCCAUCUUACAUAUCUGCUUAGCAUAGCUUAAUUUAACUUAAUUUAACUGAAAUCAGUCUAUACAUAUCAAUAAAUUCUUGUUGGAGCAUCUUUUGGUCAUGUAUUAUUUUAUACCUUUCCAUUCCUGUUUGAGAUUUUGAUUAGAUUGCAUUCUUAUCGUUGCCGUCAUUUUUGCUAAUUCAAGCAUUUCAAAAAAAAUAUUUUGCCAAUCUUUCAAUGUUGGUACUUAAUUCUUUUUUUUAAUGAGUUUAUUUUAUUGUUGCUUGGUUGGUGGGUGAAGCCUGGUUUUUGAGGGGAGAUGGCCUUUUUGUCUGUUUUUGUAUAUGUGUGUGUGUGUAGAUAGGUUAAUUGUUGUUGUUUAGUCAUUUAGUCGUGUCCGCCUCUUCGUGACCCCCUGGACCAGAGCACGCCAGGCCCUCCUGUCUUCCACUGCCUCCCGCAGUUUGGUCAAACUCAUGCUGGUAGCUUGGAGAACACUGUCCCACCAUCUCGUCCUCUAUUGUCCCCUUCUCCUUGUGUCCUCCAUCUUUCCCAACAUCAGGGUCUUUUCCAGGGAGUCUUCUCUUCUCAUGAGGUGCCCAAAGUCUUGGAGCCUCAGCUUCAGGAUCUGUCCUUCCAGUGAGCACUCAGGGCUGAUUUUCUUCAGAAAGGAUUCCUGCAGUCCAUGGGACUCUCAAGAGUCUCCUCCAGCACCAGAAUUCAAAAGCAUCAAUUCUUUGGCGAUCGGCCUUCUUUAUGGUCCAGCUCUCACUUCCAUACAUCACUAAACUGGGUUAAUAGGUAGGUGCAUUUUUCGACGGGACGGACUACCCUGAACACCACAAGAUUUUCUUCAGUGAAAUGGGUAUUUUGUGGUGCCGACCUGGUGCCAAAUGUCCUGUUCUGCUUUCCUUUGGACCACAUCAGCAAGGCUGAGAUUGGGGUCUUGUUGUCUGGGCAGCCCAGGACCUCCAAGACACACAGCUUGCGCCACAAGGAGGUCAAUUUGGUGUGCUAAUAAAGAGGUUUGACUUCACCCGCAGAGGCGCACUCCAUUGUCUCUUGAGACAGAUGGGUGUCCACAACAAGAAGGUUCCUGUGAUCUCUAUAUGGGUGCAAGGAACUUUGAGGGCUCCUACUUUUAUCUUCUAUAUUGCUAAUCAGGAUUAUAGCAUCCGCUUCUAUUUCUAGGCUAGCAUAGGAAUGCAGGAAGCAGUGUUAGAAACUCAGGUAUAUAAGCUAGGUGCCAGAUGGCUCCUUAAACCAAGAUUACAAUCUAUGUAGAAUUUUUAUUAUUAUUAUUAAUUUUUAUUAAUUUUUUCAAAAAAUAGAAAUUAAACAAAGAAAGACAAAGAACAAUACAUAACACUGUAAACACACUUAUAUACAUAUUUUCCAAAAUGAAAACUAAUGACAAUAAAAAGAAAGAAAAGGAAAAAUAUAUAGAAAAAAGACAAAAGAAAAAACACUUUUCAUAUCCUGGAAUAUUACCAUCUAUGUAGAAUUAUGCAUGUAUGGAAACUCCGGUUAAACUAUAAUAAACAAUAAAAUUGGGGGGGGGGGGGGGAAACAAGGUUACAGUCGCCAAAAUGGAAUGUCCAGUUGCCAUUUUCUGGCAAGAUGGCUCUAAUGUCUUAUUUUUCAAAUGAUGCACUGAGUCUGAUUGAUUCUCAGUUAAACAUCUGGCUAGUUCAGACGAGAACCUUGAGCUAGGUUAAGAACUCUUGAGAACUUAGAGAAGAAAAGUCCCUUGAUACAGGGACAGUCCACAUAUAUAUAUGUUGACCUAAUCCAACCUUUUUUUCUCAAUGUUGACACAGACCAUUCAUUACUUAGUGAUAUUCUUCACAACUGUGAGCAGGACAAUGGGGUGGUUCACUGUUCUUGCUUAGGCUGCACAGAAAAAAACACACAUUUUGGUUCCUGAAAUUCUUUCUGAUUGUGCAGGUGAAAUGUUGUUGUUGUUGUUUUGUCGUUUAGUCGUGUCCGACUCUUUGUGACCCCAUGGACCAGAGCACGCCAGGCACUCCUGUCUUCCACUGCCUCCCGCAGUUUGGUCGAACUCAUGUUGGUAGCUUCUAGAACACUGUCCCACCAUCUCGUCCUCUGUCGUCCCCUUCUCCUUGUGCCCUCCAUCUUUCCCAACAUCAGGGUCUUUUCCAGGGAGUCUUCUCUUCUCAUGAGGUGGCCAAAGUCUUGGAGCCUCAGCUUCAGGAUCUGUCCUUCCAGUGAGCACUCAGGGCUGACUUCCUUCAGAAUGGAUCAGUUUGAUCUUCUUGCAGUCCAUGGGACUCUCAAGAGUCUCCUCCAACACCAUAAGGUGAAAUAUAACUGGUAAAACUCUAUAGGAUGCGUUGCUAGUAUGUGAAAACAGCCCAGAUCCAAUGAUCUCCAGAUGGUGGAGAUGUCAGGCACCAUCCUGGUACCCAGACAUCUUCACUUGGUCACAAGUGGCUGAUAGCCAGGUGCAAAAUGCACCUGGCACCUGGCUAAUUUCAAACAGUGGUCUGUUAGGAUCGUCCUACUCUCGUGUAGGACCCUGGCAGAGACACAUGCCCGACUGGCAUGUGUCUGUCCCUCCUGGUCGGUCGUUCCGGGGCUUCAAAAGCUUUCUCCAGCCCGAACAUCACAGCGACUGAUACCAAGAGUAUUUUGCAGAGAAUCCUGCAGAGUAUUUGCAGUUUGCGUAACGGAACUCAGUAGCUCAGUAUUUGGGCUAAUCUACAUGGCCACUGGUCCCAUCACCUCCUGGCAAAUAGAAGGGGAAGAAAUGGAGGCAGUGAGAGAUUUUACUUUCUUGGGCUCCAUGAUCACUGCAGAUGGUGACAGCAGUCACGAAAUUAAAAGACGCCUGCUUCUUGGGAGAAAAGCAAUGACAAACCUAGACAGCAUCUUAAAAAGCAGAGACAUCACCUUGCCAACAAAGGCCCGUAUAGUUAAAGCUAUGGUUUUUCCAGUAGUGAUGUAUGGAAGUGAGAGCUGGACCAUAAAGAAGGCUGAUCACCGAAGAAUUGAUGUUUUUGAAUUCUGGUGCUGGAGGAGACUCUUGAGAGUCCCAUAGACUGCAAGAAGACCCAACCUCUCCAUUCUUAAGGAAAUCAGCCCUGAGUGUUUACUGGAAGAACAUAUCCUGAAGCUGAGGCUCCAAGACUCUGGCCACCUCAUGAGAAGAGAAGACUCCCUGGAAGAGACCCUGAUGUUGGGAAAGAUGGAAGGCACAAGGAGAAGAUGGUUGGACAGUGUUCUAGAAGCUACCAGCAUGAGUCUGACCAAACUGCGGGAGGCAGUGGAAGACAGGAGUGCCUGGCGUGCUCUGGUCCAGGGGGUCACGAAGAGUCGGACAUGAGUAAACAACUAAACAACAACAACUUUAUUUACAUAUAAUACACGCGGAGCAUUCUGACUUAACUCCUUCCUCUUUCUCAUCAAAGAAACAAAGGACAAUCGUCCUACAUUCCGGAACACAGUAACACAAACAUCCUGUCUCCGUCACUUCCCACACUGGGGAGUCAAAACAUACACCGUCAUGUGAUAGACAACUAUCCCAUGACUGCAAACACGGAGCGAGGAUCCUAACAUGGUCUACCCUGACUGCUGGUGGCUCUCGAGAGUUUCCAGCAGAAGUCUUCCUUCCACCCUACUGGGAGAUGUCAGCAAUUGAAGCUGGGAACCUUCUGCAAGGUAGACAUGAUCUUAUCAGUUAAUGUAGACCAGGCACCCCCAACCUGUGGCCCUCCAGAUGUAUUGGCCUACAACUCCCAUGAUCCCUAGCUAGUAGGACCAGUGGUCAGGGAUGAUGGGAAUUGUAGUCCAAAACAUCUGGAGGGCCAAAGGUUGGGGAUGCGUGACGUAGACAAUAUUGAUUGAUGGACCCCGUUUUUUUGACAUUGUCUGAAACAGGUUCUGGAACAAGGCUCUUCGUGUUUUCACCCGCAGCAGUAAAAGACCUUGCCAGUUCCUUACUGUUGUGUGUCAUCUACUUAGCUGCUGCUAGGAAGGUUUCUUGAAACUGAUUUUCUGCGAAAUCAGAUAACUCUUUGGCAAGCACGUGCUCCCUAACCGAAGUCCCUUGUUAUCUGAAGCCGUCGGAUAAUAUCAAGAGAUACCGGCAGAUGCUAAUCUACUAUAUUAUUGCUGUUACAGUCGUACCUUGGAAGUCGAACCAUUCUGGAAGCCCAUUCGACUUCCAAAAUGUUCGGAAACAAAAUCACGGCUUCUGAUUGGCUGCAGGAAGCUCCUCCAGCCAAUAAGAAGCUGUGGAAGCCCCAUCGGACGUUCAGGUUCCAAAAGAAUGUUUGCAAACCGGAACAAUCACUUUUGGGAGCCAAAAUGUCAUUAGUUCCAGGGUGUUUGACAACCAAGGUACGACUGUAUUAUUAUUUAUUAGAUUUAUACCCAUAGAUCUUCGGUAAAAAUACCAUAAGUGCCUAGCCCCCAAUAAUACACACAUUUCUUUAAAGGUAAAGGGGACCCCUGACCAUUAGGUCCAGUCGUGGCCGACUCUGGGGUUGCGGCGCUCAUCUCGCUUUACUGGCCGAGGGAGCCAGCGUACAGCUUCCGGGUCAUGUGGCCAGCAUGACUAAGCCACUUCUGGCGAACCAGAGCAGCGCACGGAAACACCGUUUACCUUCCCGCUGGAGCAGUACCUAUUUAUCUACUUGCACUUGACGUGCUUUCAAACUGCUAGGUGGACAGGAGCAGGGACCGAGCAAUGGGAGCUCACCCCAUGGCGGGGAUUCGAACCGCCGACCUUCUGAUCGGCAAGCCCUAGGCUCUGUGGUUUAACCCACAGCACCACCCGCGUCCCAACAUAUUUCUUUACUUACUAUUAAAUUUCAUAGAAUUAUUGUAGAGUUGGAAGGGACCCCGUGGGUCAUCUAUUCCAACCCCUUGCAACAUAAGAAUCUCAACUAAAGCAUCCAUGACAGAGGGCCGUCCAACCUCUGCUUAAAAACCUCCAAGGAAGGAGCGUCUGCCAUCUUCCGAGGGAGACCGUUCCACUGUCAAACAGCACUUACCGUCAGAAAGUUCUUCCUGAUGUUGAGUCGGAAUCUCCUUUCUUGUAACCUGAAGCCAUGGGUUCGAGUCUUCCCCUCUGGAGCAGGAGAAAACGAGCUUGCUCCAUUGAGAUAUCUGAAGAUGGGUAUCUCCCUCUUCUCCAGGCUAAACAUACCCAGCGCUCUCAACCAUUUUUCAUCUAAGGAGGUAAAGGUAGCAUGCCGAGGUCCUUUAUUCCUCACGACGACCCUGUGAGGUUGGUCAGGCUGGGAGGCAGUGUCGGACCCAAGACCACUCAGUGAGCUUAACGGCCGAGUGGGGAUUUGAACCCUGAUCUCCCAGGUCCUAGUCUUUCACUCUAACCACAACACCUCAUUGACUCACAAUGGAGGCAUUGAAGAUAAGUGUGGUUUUGCACAUGUCUUUUAAAGCUUAACCCAGAGUUUCAUGAAAGUUUGGCUCUCUGGCAGCUUGGUAUGUUUGCAGAAUUAUACCAACAGAGCAAAAUGGGCAGCAUCUAAAACAUUAGAUGCUUUAUAACUGCAUACAUAUCAAUCAAGCAGUCAAUCUUUAUUACGGUCCAGAGACCCAACAAAUCGUUACAAAGCAAUGCACAAUUCAGACAGCCUACCUCCAGGUUAAACAAGCAUACGAUAUACUAUACGCUAUAUGAUAACUUUAUUGUCAUUGUCCCAUACAGAACAAGGAAAUUGAAAACAUUCAACAAAACAAAACAAAAACAUUCAAAAACCCCUAAAAACUCUGAAACCCCAUUUAAAAAUACAAUAUACUAUAGAGACUCCUUAUGCUGCGUUUAGAACCAGAAUUGCAUUUGUGUAGAAGCUGUUUCUCAGGCGGCUAGUCCUGGCCUUUAUAACUCGAUACCUUCUUCCAGAAGGCAGAAGCUGAAAGAGAUCAUUUCCGGGGUGCGCGCUAUCCUGCGCUAUCUCUGCCGCUUUCUCAUGGCACCUGGAAGCAUAGAUUUGAUCCAAGGUGGGAAGAGUGCACCCAGUUAUUCUCUUUGCAGUCUUUACAACCGUGGACAGCACUGUUUUUCUCCUGACCGUGCAGCUCCCAAACCACACACACAGACCAUACGUUAAUACACUCUCCACAGUACAAUGUUAAAAUGCCAUCAACAGGUCCUUUGAGAGGUUGUUUUUCCGGAGGAUUCUCAGAAAAUACAACCUCUGCUGUCCUCUCUUCAUCAGGUCUUUGCUGUUUUCUCCCCAGGUUAGGUCAUCUCUCAACUCCAUUCCCAGAAAUCAAAACACCAAGACCUGUUCCACGCACUUCCACUCAAUAAUAAGUGGGUGAAUAUUCAAUUUACAUUUCCUAAAGUCCACAGUAAUCUCUUCUUUUUCUUUAAGUUAAGGAGUAAGUUGUUUUUGCUGCACUAACUGCUCAACUUCCUUCCUAUAGACCGCCUCCCCCUCUCCAGCCGUGAUUAAACCAACCACCGUUGUAUCAUCUGCAAACUUAAUAAUCUCAUUACUGGGGUAUUUUGUUCAGACUUAAAAGAUAGGGAUCAUUGGUCCUUGCAACCACCGAUAAAAACUUCACCACUGCUAAUGUUCUGGCGUUUGUCCGGUCUUCCAAUAGGAACCUGACAUAGUGAGCCUCUGAUUUUCCCGGGAAAGGUAUCAGCAAGGGUAAUAUCAGUUCAGCCCUGGCUUGCUCGUAUUUCGCACAGUGCAGCAAAAUAUGUUUUAUGGAAUCGAUGUCUUGAGCACACGAGCAAAGUCUGUCCUGGUAGGGAACUCCUCUCAACCUGCCAUCCGACACUGCAGAAGGAAAGACGUUUAGUCUGGCUUUGGUGAAAAACCUUCGAUAAUUUGGUACUGUCAGGUUUUUAAUGUAAGGUGUUAACUUAAAGACAUGCCCAUAUUGUACUCCUGCUGCCAGAGGACUACAGGCUGCGUGUGAUCGAGAUCGCAAGUCACUGUGUGCAUUAUCCCAUAAUCUUUGCUUUAACGUCUUUAGGACGCCUUCAUAACCCAGGUAAUAAAGUUGGGGGGGGGGGUGACAGACCAAUAGAGGUGGCUUUUCUAGCCAUGGUUUUCUGCCAUUUGCGGACAAACUCCUCAUUGGUCUGGUGUUGGUACAAACCCUUCCCUAGAUCAAACACCGAAAUCCUGAGCCAAUGUUUUAGGGCAGAACACCAUGCUUUAGUUGGAAUUGGGCAUUCACCAGCUUCUAACAGCAGUAUGGAGUUGGGGACACAGUUGGGUACCUGCAGCAGAGAUCGUAGAAAUUUUGCCUGAAAGCCAUCUAGCUUAGGCAGGUCCCCAUUACGCCAGACAUUUGCAGCGUACAGGAGUUGGGAAAUGGAUAUAUAUAUAUAUGCAAAGUAGGGAGCUACUAGUAAACUUUGAAUUUAAGGUUAAAAAUCCUGAGAUGGUUGCUUUAAAAAGCAAAUUGUUCUGCCUACAAUUAAUAUGCUUCUUUCUCUGGUACGGAGCUUGCGUGGUUGCUGGAACAGAAUAGUUUCACUUUUAUUUCUGUUUAAAUCAGUUUCGCUUUUCACUGAAAUCAACGGCUGCCGUACAGAAGCACCGAACACAUUUCCCUCUCAUUUGUUAACACUGAAUGUUUAUUUGGUUGUGGUUUUUCUUUUGUGUAAAACCUGAAUACAGUGUGCCGCUUUCAAUCUAGCCCUCUGACAACGCUUGUGGCACGUAGCUGUCAACUUUUCCCUUUUCUUGCGAGGAAUCCUAUUCGGAAUAAGGGAAUUUCCCUUUAAAAAAGAGAAAGAACAGCUAUGUCGUGGCAUUUAACACUGGUUUUUCUCCCCUUCCUUUCAAAUCUGCAAAGGGCAGAUUGAUAAAUUGAUAAUCCCAAAGCAUAUAAACUGAUCGUCAUUUUGGAAUUAAAAUUAAUUUAACAUGGAGUCACUUUUAGCUCAAGUUUUUUGCCUCCUUGAUAAUGCACUUGUGGUUUUUAAAGAGUCAGGGGCGAGGAGGAAGGUUGCUAAGUAUGCUGAUGAUACUAAAAUAUAAACACAAAAUUAAUAAUGUGUGCAGACAAUGUUGGCAAUUGGCCUGCUAUCAGGGCACUCAGUAUUUUAAUGCUGGCUCUAAAUGUGUUUUUUUUUUUGUAUUUUUAAACUGUUGCUUUUAACUAAGGUGUUGGUGUUUUAAAAUGAUGUUUUUAAAAUACUGCAAGCCGCCUUGAAUCCCAAUUUUGGGAGAAAGGUGGGAUAGAAAAACAUUAAAUGAAUGAAUAAAUCAAUUUCUGUACUUUUCAUGUGGAACACGCUAAAGGUUUGUUUAGGGAUUGCGCAGAUUCAUGAAGGAUUGUCCUAUAUGCAUUAAAAUGGCCAAAAAAACCCGAUAUCAAAAGCAAGUUGACCUAAUUUGCCACACCUUCAAAACGUAUAUAUUUGUAAAAUCAGCAGUUUACAAAACAUGUAUUGCAAAGUAAAAUUACAUAUUACUGAAAUGCACGUCAGAUUUAGAUGUCUGGGCAGGCUUGCCUGAGCAUAAAACUUGCCAAAAGCAGUAUAGUGAAGUUGAAUACCCUAAUAUCAAGUGGCAGGGAGUUCCAAAGUUCAGGCACUACCACACUGAAGGAGCGAUUCCUUGCAAGUGUGGAACAGACAUUGUGUGGUGCUUUCACUUCCUGCUUUUUGUUACUCUUUUGCUCUCCCGAGAAAUCCUGCAAUAGAGUCCUUCCUGGACAAUAGCGCCUUUGACUUGAACUUUUCUUUUUUUGAAAUGCUUCCCCGCUUCCUGCUUGCAGAAAAUUAGUAUAUCGGAGAACUGGGUCUGUGAAGAUAUUAACUCCCAGUGUGCAGAUCUGCAAACAAGGGCUUUCUGUUUUUUCCAAACUGAAGUCUAAAUUUAUAACGUCCUGGAAGCAGGGCUGUGCGAUAAGUUAAUAUACCGGUGAACAAAAGGUGGAGAUUUAACAGCUUCCCAGCUGAACAUACUUUGCAGAUAAUUUGCAGGCACCUGUUUCCAACUUUGUGCUCUCCCGAUAAGAAAUAAAUGAUGAUAAACCCUCCCACAAACCAGCAAGCUAUUUCGGAUUCACCGGUACCCUCCCACUUAGAGCUCAGCUAAUUAUGCAGAGCCUGCUAACGACCCAGGAGGAACCUCCCACGGCUAGAUAAUCAAAGAGGCAAGGUAAACGAAGAACUGGAAAGCUCUUCUUUCUUCCCCCACAAGUGGGGGGGAAAAAAGAGGGGGAAGAGUUUUUGUUUUUAUUUCCUGGUGGCGUUUAUGUGGUUAAAGGUAAAGGGACCCCUGACCAUUAGGUCCAUUCGUGACGGACUCUGGGGUUGCGGCGCUCAUCUCGCUUUAUUGGCCGAGGGAACCGGCGUACAGCUUCCGGGUCGGGUGGCCAGCAUGACCAAGCCGCUUCUGGCGAACCAGAGCAGCGCAUGGAAACGCCGUUUACCUUCCCGCCGGAGUGGUACCUAUUUAUCUAUUUGCACUGGCGUGCUUUUGAACUGCUAGGUUGGCAGGAGCAGGGACUGAGCAACGGGAGCUCACCCUGUCGUGGGGAUUCGAACCGCCGACCUUCUGAUCGGCAAGCCCUAGGCUCUGUGGUUUAACCCACGGCGCCACCCACGUCCCUGUUUAUGUGGUUGGUUCCCCCUAAAUAGCUUUCCUCCGUAUUAAAAAGGAAGAGUGCAUUUUUAAUUUAAAGAAGACAAUAUUUUUGUUCCUUGCUCUCCCUCCCUCCCUCCCACCCAGAGAUUGGUGGGAUGAGGGCAUUUGGGGACCCCCCUUCUGUUGGGGUGGGCGAUGGAGGGGAGAAGAUUUAGCUGGCUGCCUUAUGCUGAAAUGGGAGGUUGGGUACUGUGUGCGAAUGAUGGGAAGGGCGUUUUUCUGUAAAACAGUGCAAGCAAAUGCGUGUCUACUCACAAGCAAACCUUACUGAAUUCAAUGGGCCUUACUCUUAGGAUAGUAGAAGUUUUUUUUUUGUUUUUUUUUUGACAAUUCAACUCUUUAUUGAUAUGUGUGCGAGUAACUGAGAGAAUAAACACACAUUCUCCUAUACAUUUCUGUCUCCAUGUGGCCCCAAACAAGUUUAACCCUUUGGGGUGGAAAAUAACUUUCAAACAACUUUUUUUUUUUUGUAUUCUAGUUGUUAAUUAUCUCAGCAAAUCCUUUCCAUCUUUCACAAUGACAGAAUAUUCUGAAAGAUGGAAAGGAUUUGCUGAGAUAAUUAACAACUAGAAUACAAGAAAGGGAGGUGUGAGGAGGUCGAUGAAAUAAGUUAAUGACAGUUAAGGAUCUGGGAAUAUUGGAUUUGUUUUUAAAUUUUUUGUUUAUUUUUGCUUUUUGCUUUUGAUGUAUUGUGUGUUUUGUUUUUUCUUUUUGACUUUGGUUUUUACUGAUUUGUAUUGUUUAAUUGUUACUUUUAUCUACCUUCUUCUUUCUUUUUCUCUUUCUCUUGUUUUUUCCUUCUUUUUUCUUUGUAACCUUAAAAUUCUCAAUAAAUAUCUUUAAAAAAAGAAAAGAAAAAGAAAAUAACUUUCAAACAUUCUGGCUGUCCUUCAGUCCCUUUUGAUAAAUGAGAUAAUACUCACACUUGACAAUAUUAUGAAUUUAGUUUCUAACCGUGCAGUCUUAUCUCCUCAACCCUUGAGAUACCAUACAAGUAAAUUUGUGCAAUUAUAUAAAUGGAUGCAAAAUACAUUCAGAUAUCUUGAAAGGGAAACAUUCCUAUUUAAUAUGAAGUUGAGAUAAAUUAUGGCCAAGAAGUACAAAUCAUGAACUACAAACCAAUUCAUAUUACAAUGAUUACUCAAAAAUAAUGUCUUCAGAAUCUGAUUUAACUUGAGUUUUUGGGUAAUAGUAAAAUAAACUGGGUAAAAGUUAGAAUUAUAGGGGCGAGUAGAAGUUUAGUUGAACUCAGUGGGGCUUAUGUGUGCAGAGGCAACUUGGCUAGUAAAUCACUUAAACUUCUCAUAAAUUAGUUGAAAAUAUAUUAAAUAGUAUACUAUAUGGAAGCUUAUUUAAUUUUACUAAAUCUACCACUUCUGCCACCGCCCGGAAGCCUGGCAAGCCCCUUUGCCACCGCAGAUAGAUAUUGUGAUACAGUGGUACCUUAGAUUAAGUACUUAAUUCGUUCCGGAGGUCUGUUCUUAACCUGAAACUGUUCUUAACCUGAAGCACCGCUUUAGCUAAUGGCGCCUCCCGCUGCUGCCGGAGCACGAUUUCUGUUCUCAUCCUGAAACAAAGUUCUUAACCUGAAGCACUAUUUGUGGGUUAGCGGAGUCUGUAACCUGAAGCGUAUGUAACCUGAGGUACCACUAUAUAUCGAGAGAUCUAGCUGGUGAUAUAUUGUGAUGUUGCAAGCCAGAUAUUGCACAACCCUAUCAGGAAGGGACUGUACUGUGUAAUUUUCCUGAACAUGCAGCUGUUCUUCCAAGGGGGAAGAACAGGCUUUCUUGUGAAAUUAUUCCCUCGUUCUUCAUUGCUCUACCCAGCAGUCAAGGUCCUUGGCGUUGCCUCUCCCUGUGACUCACAAGUUUUUUAUAGGGUUCUUCCUGUGCGUUGCUUUGUUAAUAAUGCUUUUAAGAGCCAGCGUGUGCGCCUACCAGUGGCCGCACCUCGGGGCGUGGGGCUCUCUGGUCCUUUAGCAACCCCACACUUUGACCCUCAAGAUGCUCACAGCCCCCAGCCCCAUCUGCCCCAGUUUUGUUGUGCUGGCAUCGCAUCACUACGGCUGCCUUAAGUCUGUUGGGCAGGAUUUGACCAAGUGCUGCUACUAGCACAAGGGCUUCUGGAUGGGCAGAGGAACUCCCCACCACCUGAAACGCGCCCCCCAAAUCUGUUAUGGGGGUACUCCCAAAGCUCUGGAGCAGUUUGGGGAAGGGCAGAAGGGUGUGUAAGGAGAGGGAGGAGGUUUUUGUUGCCCAAGUAGUACAAUGGCGUUGGAGACAACCUGUAGCAACUCAGCAACUUGGCCCCGGGAUGUAAAAAUAAAUAAAUGUAACCCCGUUGUCCUUAGGUUUCUGCCCCAGAUUCCUAAUUGCCAAAGGGCCCUGGUCUUCUCGUGGUCUUAAAAUUGCCAGGGAAAACCAUUAUUAUAUUCAUUACCAUAUUUAUUUUCAUCCCGCCUUUUCACUAGGCCGGGACUCAAGGCGGUUUUUGCAAAAAACAACAACACAAUUGCACACAAAAUAAAGGUAAAGGUAAAAGGUGCAAUGGGUGCAGAAUGUCGCUGUGAGGCUCCUACGGGGUCCUUGCCACGGGAUCACAUUCAUCCAGUGCUUUACCAACUGCACUGCCUCCCGGUGGAGUACAGGGUCAGGUUUAAAGUGCUGGUUUUGACCUUUAAAGCCCUAUGCGGCCUAGGACCCUCGUACCUACGGGACCGCCUCUCCUGGUAUGCCCCGCGGAGGACCUUAAGGUCCACAAAUGACAACAUUUUCGAGGUCACAAGGUGGUUAGAUUGGUCUCAACUAGGGUCAGGGCCUUUUCAGUACUGGCCCCGACUUGGUGGAACACUCUGUCCCAAGAGACUAGGGCCCUUCGGGACUUGACAUCUUCCCGCAGGGCCUGCAAGACAGAGCUGUUCCACCUGGCCUUUGGUUUGGACUCAGUCUGACCCUUAUGUUUCCCUCCCCUUAUGGUUUUGAUUUAUGGGCUACUUUUAAAAUGAGAGUGCAUUUUAAAUUGCAUUUUAACCUAUAUUUUAAAUUCGUCGUCGUCGUCCCCCCCCCCCCAUUGUGUUUUAACUGUAAUUUUACUGUUGUUAGCUGCCCUGAGCUGGGCCCUGGCCAGGGAGGGUGGGGUAUAAAUAAAAUUUAUUAUUAUAUUAUUAAAGGUACCCCUGACUGUUAGGUCCAGUCGCGGACGACUCUGGGGUUGCGCGCACAUCUCGCUCUAUAGGCCGAGGGAGCUGGCGUUUGUCCGCAGACAGCUUCCGGGUCAUGUGGCCAGCGUGACUAAGCCGUUUACCUUCCUGCCGGAGUGGUGCCUAUUUAUCUACUUGCACUUGACGUGCUUUUGAACUGCUAGGUUGGCAGGAGCAGGGACCGAGCAACGGGAGCUCAGCCCGUCACGGGGAUUCGAACCGCUGACCUUCUGAUCGGCAAGCCCUAGGCUCUGUGGUUUACACCGCAGCGCCACCCGCAGACAAAAUAUAGAAGGCUAAAAACAUGCAACAUAUAAGAGAUAAAAAGCAAUAAAGCUGUAAUAGAAUUAAAGCCAUGGAAAAUCCAAUCUAUUAGGAUUGCCUAAUAGCUCAGUUGGUAAAGCUUGAGGCUUGUGAUCUCAGGGCUGUGUGUUCGAACCCCACGUUGGGCAAAAUAUUCCGGCAUUGCAGGGGGUUGGACUAGAUGACCCUUGUGGUCCCUUCCAGCUCUGUGAUACCCUCUGUGAAGAUAUAGAUAGUAAAAACUGCACAGUGCUAUUUUGAAAGCCUCGUGGUGGCCUGUGUCUAAAUGGCCUAGGUGGGGAGUUCAGGAAAUAGCUGGUUAGCUGGAUCUAGGAUCCCCGCCCCCAAUUCCUGACUCAAGGUAGCAUGGUAAAUUCUUAGAUGGAAUAUAUUUUUAGAUAUAAGGAUCCUGCGAUUCUGUAGGAUCACAGACUGCGCUAUUAGGCACACAGUCCUCCUCUCUGAGAAUCUGAAGUUUGUAGUCCUCAAUGCUGGUGAAAAUUAGGCUUGAAAUGCAUAGGCCGUGUCUGUAGCAAUCGCAGAAGUCAAAGAAGGGCUAAAUAAACUAGUGAUCUCCAUUUCUCUUAUUCUUUCCUCAUGUGUUGCCAAACCAGAAUCAGUUGUGCAAAAUGGCAGACUAAGUUACUGGGCUUGUAAGGGGAGGAAAUUAUGCAUCAGUUUGCAGCGUUUAUGCAGGCUGUAGAAUUUCCUGGUAAUGCCUAGUUGAGAAGCUUGCUUCCUCUUUUCAAAGCUCUGCGUACACGCGGCCGGUCUUAAGAUCUGUCACCGCAUGGGCGAAAAAACCGGGUGGAUCUGAUUCAUUACCCUCUGUCUUAACGCAGGACGAACUUUUCUCCAAACAAAAGAUCAGCUUUGCCAAGGCAGAACUUGAGGAGACCUGCAUUUUACUCCUGCUCUGAUCCGAAACAGAGGUAAAACUUAACGUUUGCUGAACUCCCAACAAUCUCUUUCCCCAUUCCACGUGGCUCCUCUCUAGAGGAAGCCUUUCGACGGUCGCCGCCCUUUUAGUUUCAGUUUGUGUUUGCUGCUAGGACUUUGAUCGUUGCUGCAGCGCAGAAGGGAGGAUUCAUCCGGAUUGAGAACAGCCCUUUGCUUAGCUCUCCAGCAGUGCCGGAUUUAUGUAUAAGCUAAACAAGCUAUAGCUUAGGGCCCAGAGUGGGGCCCCACCCCCAGUUUCACUGUUAAUAUACUACUUCUUAAUUGUAUUUCAGUUCAACAAUUACUUUGACAAAAUACCGUAUUUUUUGCUCUAUAGGACUCACUUUUUCCCUCCUAAAAAGUAAGGAGAAAUGUGUGUGUGUGUUACGGAGCGAAUGCAGGCUGCGCAGCUAUCCCAGGAGCCAGAACAGCAAGAGGGAUUGCUGCUUUCACUGCACAACGAUUCCUCUUGCUGUUCUGGCUUCUGAGAUUCAGAAUAUUUUUUUUCUUGUUUUCCUCCUCCAAAAACUAGGUGCGUCUUGUGGUCUGGUGCGUCUUAUGGAGCGAAAAAUACGGUACAUAUUUUGUUACGUGCAAAUGGCUUUAGAUACCUAUUAGGUCCAUAAAUUACCAUAUAGCAUAAAAGGUAAGGGACCCCUGACCAUUAGGUCCACAUGUGGCCGACUCUCGCUUUACUGGCCGAGGGAGCUGAUGUACAGCUUCCGGGUCAUGUGGCCAGCAUGACUAAGCCGCUUUUGGCGAACCAGAGCAGCACAUGGAAACACCGUUUACCUUCCCACUGGAGCGGAACCUAUUUAUCUACUUGCACUUUGAUGGGCUUUCAAACUGCUAGGUUGGCAGGAGCAGGGACCGAGCAACAGGAGCUCACCCCAUUGCAGGGAUUCGAACCGCCAACCUUCUGAUUGGCAAGUCCUAGGCUCUGUGGUUUAACCCACAGCGCCACCUGCGUCCCACCAUAUAGCAUAUUCAGCACAAAAAACAGUGACAGAGGUCAGCACCAACACUUUGAAUUGUGCUCGGAAACGUACUGGGAGCCAAUGUGGGUCUUUCAGGACCAGUGUUAUGUGGUCUCGACAUUCGCUCCCAGUCACCAGUCUAGCUGCCGCAUUCUGGAUUAGUUGUAGUUUCCGGGUCACCUUCAAAGGUAGCCCCACGUAGAGCGCAUUGCAGUAGUCCAAGCAGGAGAUAACUAGAGCAUGCACCACUCUGGUGAGACUGUGGGCAGGGAGGGUCUCAUCCUGUGCACCAGAUGGAGCUGGUAGACAGCUGCCCUGGACACAGAAUUGACCUGCGCCUCCAUGGACAGCUGUGAGUCCAAAAUGACUCCCAGGCUGCGCACCUGGUCCAUCAGGGGCACAGUUACCCCAUUCAGGACCAGGGAGUCCUCCACACCCGCCUGCCUCCUGUCCCCCCAAAACAGUACUUCUGUCUUGUCAGGAUUCAACCUCAAUCUGUUAGCCGCCAUCCAUCCUCCAACCGCCUCCAGACACGCGCACAGGACCUUCACCGCCUUCACUGGUUCUGAUUUAAAAGAGAGGUAGAGCUGGGUAUCAUCCCCAUACUGAUGGACACCCAGCCCAAACCCCCUGAUGAUCUCUCCCAGCGGCUGCAUGUAGAUGUUGAAAAGCAUGAGGGAGAGGACAGAACCCCACAAGUGAGGGCCCAGGGGUCCGAACACUCACCCCCCCCACCACUUUCUGAAAAAAAUCUGGUGCAACAUGAGCAAAUGUUUACACUGGGCGCUUGGGUUGCAAACGUGAUCCGUGUGGGAUGCACAUUUGCAACCCGCAGCGGAGCAUCUGUGCAUGUGCAGGUCGCAAUUCAUAGCUUCUGCGCAUGUGCAAAGCGCAAUUUAGCGCUUCUGCGCAUGCACGGCUGCCGAAACCCGGAAGUAACCUGUUCCGGAAAAAACGCAACCUGAAGCGUCUGUAACCCGAGGUAUGACUAUUCUGAAAGUGUGGCCCAGAGGCAAAAGCUUGAGGACCCCUGGAAUUCUGGGACAUGGUCUACGAGGAGAUGAAAAAAAUAUCAAAGUUUACAUUUAAUAAAAACCCAGAAGCAUUCCUAUUAGGGAUUCUUUUUUGUUGCUUUUUAAUUUUUUUAAAAAAUUUAACAUAAUUGUUACAAAAUAUAAGCAAAACACUGCAAAUACAUACACACAUAUACACUUCAAAUAAACACAUAUACAUGAAAAAAGGAACAAAAGAGAAAAAUGCUGCAACAGAAUUCCUGUUUUGAUUUAUUCUUUAUUUUUUCUGAUAGACUGUCUAAUUCUGCAUAUUCUGUCAGCUUUUGGAUGCAAUCUUGUAUAGAGGGGAUUUUGUUACUCUUCCAUUUUGCCACGAUCAGAACUUUUGCUGUUGCCAUCGCGUAUAAAAAGAUACCCUGCCUCUUUUGCGGAAUAUCCAAAUCUGUUAUUCCCAGGAGGUAGACCUUUGGUUUUUUAUUGAAAGAGAUCUCUUUCAAUAAAAAACCAGAUCUGGUCAGAAUAAAUCAAAACAGGAAUUUGUUUCAAAAGGGGAGGUUUUCAAAGAAUAUUUGAAAAAUAAAUACAGUAGUUUAAAUUCUGUCGCAGCAUUCGAGGACCUUCAGUAAUAGUUGCAAGGUAGAUAUAAGAAAUUAGAUAUAUUAAGAAAAAAUUUAAUUAUGAUAAAAAUGUGUAUUGACAAUAAGUAAUAUGAAAUCAAAAUAUGGAAUAGACGGGAGGUUGGGUCUUUAGUGUUAAGACCAAUAUAUGUUCUAUUGUUUGUUAAGAAAAUUAUGUCUCUGUGGUUAUUCCUGUGUGUAAUUUGGUAUUUGUGUGGGGUUUUUUUCUUGCUGUAUCAAUAAAAAAAGAAAGAAAGAGAUCCGCAUUUCUUUGCAGUUCUGCAUGGAUUUAGCAUUUUUUUGCAGUUCUGCAUGGAUACUCUCCCAGAAUAGCUGUAUUUUCCUACAUAUCCACCACAUAUGGUAGAAAGUUCCUGAGUUAUCUCUGCAUCUCCGACAAUAACUUGACACAUUUUUAUACCAAAAAAGUAAAUUAAAAAAAUGAGGCCUUUAAUCAAAAUAAUUUUAUUAUUUCUUUCCUGAAGAGGGGAGGAGCCGGGCUGCCUUUAGGCUCCUCCUUCCCUGGAAACGCCUCUGCGGCUGACUGGCUUAUUCGCGGAUCAAUCACCCUGUCAAUCAAUCGGACCUGUGGGCUGCUUUCUGCCGCCUGAGGCGACGCAAAACGCCUCACAGCCAAGCCGGCCCAGAGGAGGCUCCAAGUCUCUUUGCAGGCCCUCCUCACCCUCAGCCUGUCCAUUACGGACAGGGCUACUCGUGAGCAAGUCUCCCCCCAUUGGGGUUGUGAGGAAUUGCCGCCCCAUAGAUCCGAGGGGCCAAAGGUUCUUGCAGGUGGGCCCCUCGCGCCCAACCCACAAUAUUCUUUUUUUUUUUUAAUAUAUUUUUUAUUAGUUUUUUUAAAAACAUAUCAUUUCCAACAGUAAUUAAACCUACUUUGACAUCUUAUUCAAAUUUUUGACUUCCAUCCAUCCUGUCUGAAAAUUUUCCAGUCUAAUCUCUCAGUAUGCAUUUCUUAUCUUCCCUAUUGCAUUUCAAACUCAUAACCAAUAUCUCUAUCUUUUCCCACUUUGUAGCAGGUCGUAUAUUUCUCCUUACAAAACUUCUAGCGUAAUUUGUUGAUUACAGUUGCUCUUCAAAUAAUUCAUAGACUUCUUCCAAUCUUCUGCAAAUCUCUGGUCCCGCAGGUUUUGAAUCCUUCCUGUCCUUUUGUCCAAUUCUGCAUAGUCCGUUAAUUUCGUCUGUCAUUCUUCUUUUUUUAAAUAUAUUUUUUUUAUUAGUUUUUUUUUAACAUACCAUUUCCAACAGUAAUUAAACCUACUUUGACAUCUUAUUCAAAUUUUUGACUUCCAUCCAUCCUGUCUGGAAAUUUUUCAGUCUAAUCUCUCAGUAUGCAUUUCUUAUCUUCCCUAUUACAUUUCAAACUCAUAACCAAUAUCUCUAUCUUUUUCUACUUUGUAACACUUCGUAUAUUUCUCCUUGUAGUCCUACUAGCGUAAUUCGUUGAUUACAGUUGAUCUUCAAAUAAUUCAUAGACUUCUUCCAAUCUUCUGCAAAUCUCUGGUCCCACAGGUUUCGAAUCCUUCCUGUCAUUUUGUCCAAUUCUGCAUAGUCCAUUAAUUUCGUCUGUCAUUCUUCUUCUUUUUAAUAUAUUUUUUUUAUUAGUUUUUUUUUAACAUACCAUUUCCAACAGUAAUUAAACCUACUUUUACAUCUUAUUCAAAUUUUUGACUUCCAUCCAUCCUGUCUGGAAAUUUUCCAAUCUAAUCUCUCAGUAUGCAUUUCUUAUCUUCCCUAUUACAUUUCAAACUCAUAACCAAUAUCUCUAUCUUUUUCUACUUUGUAACACUUCGUAUAUUUCUCCUUGUCCUACUAGCGUAAUUUGUUGAUUACAGUUGAUCAUCAAAUAAUUCAUAGACUUCUUCCAAUCUUCUGCAAAUCUCUGGUCCCGCAGGUUUCGAAUCCUUCCUGACAUUUUGUCCAAUUCUGCAGAGUCCGUUAAUUUCAUCCGCCGUUCUUCUUUCGUCAGAAUUUCUUCUUGUUCCCGUUUCUGGGCUAAUAAUACUCUUGCCUCAGUUGUUGCAUAUAAGAACAAUUUAACAUCUUGCCUAUUCAUGUCCUGACCUAUAAUACCAAGUAAAAAUCUUUCUGGUUUUUUUAAAAAAUGUAUAUUUCGACAUCUUUCUCAUCUCAUUAUAUAUCAUAUCCCAGAAGGUCUUCUGUAGAUACAACAUAAAUGGUUCCCAAUCUUUUUUGAAGUCUCUAUUGUCUUAGUCUCUUAAUCUUUCAGUUAGUCUUGCCAUUUCUUUUUUUUUUUAAUAAUUUUUUAUUAAAGUUUAAAACAACAAAACAAAAAAACAACACACACAAAAAACAAUACAAAACUUAACAAUAAAAAUACAAAACACAACAAUUAAAAACAAACUCUCUUUUCCAUUUCCAAUUUUACAUUACUUAUUUUCUAGACUUCCUCAAACCUCCCUCUUUUGUAUUCCAGUCCACAUUAUUUGUCCAGCAGUUUCUUUUCCACUUUUUUAAUCCCAAUCUUUAAUUUAAUAAAAUGUUAAAAUAUAUAACUUCAACUUUUUUUAAACCUAAUCCUUGAUCUUAAUAUCAUAUAGCUUUAAAAUUUUCCCUUUUAAUAUCAAAUUUCCAUUUCUUUAAACAUCUUUACUCUUGAUCUUUAAUCUUAAUCUAUCCUUAACUUUAACCUGUGCAGCUGGAAACCACUUAUUUUCAAUCCAACAUCACUCUAACAUUCCUUAAUUUUGCAGUGUUUCUGAAGAUAGUCUUUGAAUUUCUUCCAGUCUUCCUCCAUCGACUCUUCUCCCUGGUCACGGAUUCUACCAGUCAUUUCCGCCAAUUCCAUAUAGUCCAACAGUUAGUCUUGCCAUUUCAGCACAAUCCAUUAGUUUUCUUUCCAUUCUUCAUUAGCUGGUAUCUCGUCACUUUUCCAUUUUUGUGUUGUUGUUUUUAAAUAGUAUUUAUUAAGGUUUUAAAUUUACAAAAAGGCAAAAGAAAAAACACCAAAUUAAACAAUAGCAAAACAACACAUCACAAUAAAAAAACAGAAAAAUAGAAACAAUUAAAAACAAAGCAAAAUCGAGCCUUCCCAUAACUUAUCUUUCAUUUGCUUGUUUCCCUGACCUCCUCACACCUCCCUUUUUUGUAUUCUAAAUUAUCCAUUUCAGCAAAUCCUUUCCCUCUCUUCAAAAUUUGUAUCCUGCAAAUUUAUCUUGAUCUUAAUAUAAGUUUACUUUCCCUCUUUUCACCAAUUAACAGUCUAUUUUUCUUAAAUCUUUGAUACAUUUUUGCUAAAAUCACAUAGAUGCAUUCCAACAUCAUUCUAACAUUCAUUAAUUUUACAAUGUUUCUGUAAAUAGUCUUUGAACUUCUUCCAAUCUUCUUCCACCGACUCUUCUCCCUGGUCUCGGAUUCUGCCAGUCAUUUCCGCCAAUUCCAUAUAGUCUAUCACCUUCAUCUGCCAUCAGGUCAGGUCACUUUUCCAUUUUUGAGCCAACCGACAAGAUUCUAGAAGGUUCUCUUGCCCAGGGAUUGGCGGCAACCAUCUUGGCCUCCCUCCUCAGGGCCAGGAAGAUGCGUUGGGCGUCAUGGCGUCCGGCUUCUCCGGGCCUCCGCCGCCUGUUUCGCUGAAUUUCGGGGGAAGCAGCCAGGCGGCGCCGGAAAUGCGCCGUUUCCGCCGCCGCCUGACGCCGGAAAGGCGAAGUAAAAGCUCCGCCGCGGCCUAAAUGGUCUCCGCAACUCUCCUUUCCCACGUUCUUUGUUUUUUUUAAAAUGAUAUUUAUUAAAAUUUCAAAAGGAAAAGAUUACAUUAAAAAAGAAAUUUAACAGUAAAAAGAAAAAAUACAAAAUACAAAAAAGAAAAACAAUUUUAAAACAAUUCCAUCUUUUCAUCACUUCUUUUACAUUUACUUGUUUCCCAGACCUCCUCAUACCUCCCUCUUUUGUAUUCCAAUUCAGUUUAUUAGUCCAGCGAUUCCUUUCCCUCCUUUUUAAUCCUGAUCUUUAAUCCUGAUAUAUUAUAACAUUAAAUUUUUAAUUCCCACGUUCUUUGAGGUUCAUUCGGCCUUUACUAGGAGCAGGGUGGAUAAAAAAACCAAUGAUUUAAUUUAAAAAGUAAUAAUUGGAUUUUUUAAAAAAUUAAAUCAGAUUUUUAAAAUGAAACGCUUUCGGAGGAAAAACCUUUCUAAAGAUACUUUUUUAUUUAUACUUUUUUAUUUAAGUUACAAUUUGAUUCCCUCCCCCUCUUUCUUUUUUCUUUUUCCUUUCUCCUGUGAUGAGGCUGCAUUUUAAUAUUUUAAUGUUUCAAUAUUUUAAUGUUGUAUUUUAAUCUUGUUUUUAAGUUGUAUUCAUUCAGCUUGUUUUUAUUAUUGCUUGUUAGCCGCCCUGAGCCCGGCCUUGGCUGGGGAGGGCGGGGUAUAAAUAAAAAUUAUUAUUAUUAUUUAGUCCAAAGGCUACUCUCCUUCCCCACAUUCUUUGAGGUUCAUUCAGCCUUUACUAGGAGCAGGGUGGAUAAAAAAAAUCAAUGAUUUAAUGUUAAAAAUAAUAAUUGGAUUUUAAAAAAAUUUAAGUCAGAUUUAUAAAAUAAAACGCUUUCGGAGGAAAAACCUUUCUAAAUAUACUUUUCUAUUUAAGUUACAUUAUGGUCCAAAGGCUAUUCAUGAGGAAAUAAGGAUUUGUUUUAAGUUUUUCAUGUGUGCUAAAACUCAGUCUAAGUUGUUGGGGUGGGUGGGUUUGGGGGGACGUUUAACCACGUCAGUUAACAAACAUGGAUACAUGUGCUAUAAUGUUAUUGCUUUAGUUAAAUAGUUUAAAUUGUUACUAAGGAAAUGAUUGUUUUUCUCCCUCCAAUCAAGUACAGCAGAAAGUUGUCCAAAUAUAAACAGUUAACUUAUUGAACCUCGCAAUAAUUUCAUAAUUAUCUGUCUAUGUAUUCCUAAUAGUAUAACCAAAUCAGUAAUUUUUGGUAUAACUGUCAAAACUACUCUGAAAAUUUAUUAUUCCAAAAAUGUAACCUUCCUCUGGUUGUAAAUAUUAAGAUUAUACCAGCAAGAAUGAGUCUUUAUGUAAAAAAAUGAUUUAAAUGAAGUCUUACUGACUAGUGAUUUAAAUCAAGUCUUACUGAUUAGUGAUUUAAAUCGAUUUGAUUUAAAUCAAAUUCACCCUGACUAGGAGCCAAGCCAUUUCGGGUGGGAGGCUCUGCCCUGUGGAACUCCCUGCCACUAGAAGUUCGGCAGGAAUCAUCCCUGCCUCCUUUUAGACGUUUUCAGGCAGGCCUUUGCAAUGCUGUUUUCUCCUUGCGAACCAGCAUUUAUUGGACUUCUUACAAUUUAUGUUGCGUACACCACCCCCGCUAUGUUUUAUUUUAUAGAAAUGCAGUUUAUAAAUAUGUAAAAUGAGGCUAAGCUGUUGUGUUUUUGGACGUGUCCUAAAAUUAAGGUGUACUAGAAGAGAUAAACAAAAGUAAGGAGGUAAAUUAUUCCCCUCGGCAGAAGGUAGCAAAUAACUCUGGCGCAGGCCUGGAAAAAAGCCAGAAACACCAAAAAUAGAGGACUGGUUCAAUGAAAUCUGAGGGAUUGUACAAAUGGCUAACCUUACAAAUACAGUAAAACUUGGAUUGAAAAGUUCAGCCUCUCUAUUUCUGAUGGGAAUGAGAGAACGCAGAAUGAAGUAAAAUCUGGAAGAAAUGCAAACGGAACAAUUUUGGGGAAGUUAUGUUAUAGCUACAUUGUUUGUUCUUAAUUUUGUAAAUUUACAAUUUAUACUUUUAUCGGAGACUUACUUUCACAUAUGAAAUUGUUUUGCUGUACUUGGGACACACACACCUUGCAGGAUCCUGCCAGAAUUUGGGGAUGGAUUUUGGUGAGUUCUAAUAUAUUGUGUGGGACGCGGGUGGCGCUGUGGGUAAAACCUCAGCGCCUAGGACUUGCCGAUUGUAUGGUCGGCGGUUCGAAUCCCCGCAGCGAGGUGAGCUCCCGUCGUUCGGUCCCAGCUCCUGCCCACCUAGCAGUUCGAAAGCACCCUUAAGUGCAAGUAGAUAAACAUGUACUGCUUUAUAGCGGGAAGGUAAAUGGCGUUUCCGUGUGCUGCGCUGGUGCAGGCUCUCCAGAGCAGCUUCAUCACGCUGGCCAUGUGACCCGGAAGUGUCUCCGGACAGCGCUGGCCCCCGGCCUCUUAAGCGAGAUGGGCGCGCAACCCCAGAGUCGGUCACGACUGGCCCGUACGGGCAGGGGUACCUUUACCUUUUUAAUAUAUUGUGAGCUGGGAAGUCUCCAAUUUGAAAAUUGGCAUUAUUAUUAUUUAUUAUAUUUAUAGCCCCACCCAUCUGGUUUCCCCAGCCACUCUGGGAGGCUUCCAACAAAAUAUUAAAAAUACCUUGGACUUAUGGGCCAUAAGCAAGUCCUUGUAUCUUCCCAGCUGCAAGGCCAGGAUCAUAACUCCGGCCUACCUUGCUGGGUUACUGAGAUAAAUGCCUAUAACACAUAUUGGACACAAGGAAAGGCCGCCAUCCUAUAUGAUUUACUUUAUCUUAUUUUUUCCAGCAUUACUCGUAUGAAUUUUCUGGUUGUGAAGCUGCUGAAGACCCUUGGCAGACCUGCCCCUAUGUAA